AUGGGAAUGCCGCACUCACUCUGUCUUUCCCUCCGUUCCACACUGAGUGGGCAGGAGGACGCGGUGCCGCUGCGCCACGCGCUGCAGUGCGGCACGAAGCAGUGGGGCGAGCUGGAGAGGAGCGGUCAGCUCAAGAGGAACAACAAGUCGUGCUGUAACCGUUACAUCUUCCUCCGAAGCGCUUCUUCUCUUCCGUGGUCGUGUGCUGAUGGAAGGAAGUUCACAGACCGCUUUCGCCAGAACUUCCUGCGAAAGCACCUGGGAGCUACUGCACUCCUGCAGCAUAUUCCAUUGGAUGGCCACAGCCAGGCAUUGCUCUGUCAGGAUCUCAAGCAGCAGCAGUCGGAGCAUUCGGAGGGCGUGGGAGCAGCAGCCCUGGCGUUCGGAGGGCUGUCAUAUGAGGAGAGCGUGAUGGCGUUCUUCGCCCCCCAUGCACCGUUGCCAACAACAAUGCUCCCCAAACUCGCUGCUCUGUCUGGCUCCGCUCCCUGCAUUGGGGAUGGUUCCACACUGCAGCAUGUGGAGUGGCCGCGCGUUGGAUCGGAGAGUGCCCUUUUAGACGACAUGCUCCUGGGACUAUGCUGCGAGGACCCUGCCUCCGCACAACGUGCUGCUCUCUCUGCUCCUCCGCCGACGCAGCCACGCGCACCCGCUGCUCUUUGUGCCUCCACUCUCGGCAGCACGAGCAGCUGCAUUUCAGCGGUGCUUGCGGGGAGUACGUGUGGCACAGAGGAGCAGGAAUACGUUGAUGCAUGCAUUGACGCGCUCUGGAACGGAAGCAACAUGGACAACAAUAGCAACGGCGCUGACAACAAGAGCAACGGCGCUAACAACAACAGCAACGACGCUGACAACAACAGCAACGGCACUAACAACGGGGGCAUUGACAACCAUAGUGACAGGGACAUGGGUGCUCUCUUUCUCAACAUUCCUGUUGUUCAUGUGCUGCUGAGUGGGAGUGCCCUCACCCUGCCCUUGCCCAGUGGGCCUCAAUCUCAGGGGCCUGCACCCCCUUGUGCUGCCGGGACAGUCGUGUCAGGGUGGGCGGUGGAGUAG